GAGCGGUGCGCAGUGCGGAGGUGUCCGCGCAUGCGCGGUGCUGCAGGUUGCAGUAUCAUGGCUGGAGACGGAGGGAUCAGUGUGGAGACCCUGAAGGAGAAGCUGAGGCGGGAGCUGCAGGCCGAGCACGUGGAAGUAGAAGACACCUCCCCGAACCACUGCGCCACCAGCUUCAGGGUCAUCGUCGUGUCCCCUCAGUUUGAGGGAAAAGCCCUUCUACAGCGACACCGGCUCGUGAACAGUUGUCUGGCAGAAGAACUGAAGAUCAUUCACGCCUUUGAGCAGAAGACGCUGACUCCGGCCCAGUGGGAGCAAGAGAAGCAGAAGUGAUGGGGGCGGCGGCGGCCAUUUUUGUGUGGACUCGGGUGAAGGUCUCUAUGGACAUUUCUGACAAUUUAGAGAUAUAAGAAUAAAUGAUGUUCCGGUGA